AUGGCAGUCGACGACACAUCAGACCGUAUUCUGCAAGAGAUCCAGGCUGAACUAACCAAUACGCCAUAUCGAUUUGACUCUGCUCAUCUCCUGGCCGGUGGAACAGCUAACUUCAUCUACCGAGCGCAUUUGGACCAAGCCUUGUCUGAUGGAACUACCGAAGUCGCCAUCAAGCAUGGCGAGGAUUUCAUUCGCCAGAGCCCUGAUUUCAAGUUGAACACGUCCCGAUGCCGGAUCGAGGAAUCGUGCCUCGGGUAUCUCGAUGCUCUCCCUCCGCACGUUGGGCCCAGAGUUUCCAUUGUAACCCCGAGGCUCUUCUACUUCAACGAGAAGACCAAUACGCAGGUUCAGGAGUACCAACCAAGCCCGCUCAGUCUCAAGCUUUACACUUUGAAGUAUCAUGCAUCUUCAGAACCUGACCAUGUCGAAAGCCAGUGUCUAGAAAUUGGCGAGGCAUUGGGCAAAUGGCUCCGCGCUUUUCACAAUUGGGGCAACUUACCGGAGCAGGCGAGGUUUCGGGAUAUCGCUGCGGCCAACAAGAGUAUGCAGUCUAUCAAACACUGGGCAAACUACCAGCGGCUUCCGGAUGCCAUCAAGCGUCAUUCAUCAGUCCUGAAAGACUGCGCCGACGUACUAGCCGCCAUCGUGGAUAUUUCAACCAAGGAAUUAGAGGAUGAGAAGACUCUCCAAGUCAUCCACGGAGACUUUUGGACAGGGAACAUUCUCCUCAAGGGGCAACCUUGGCAAUCGGCAAACAUCACUCUUUUCGUGGUGGAUUGGGAGAUGCUCCAGCUCUCUCCCGCGCCUCUCGACUUGGGCCAAAUGAUUGCGGAGCUUUAUGAGCUCAAGUUGUACAAAGGCAUUGACGCUGGACUCUGGUUGAUUGAGAGCUUCGUAAAGGGGUACGGUCCAACCGAUGAUGAGUUUGCCUUCAGAGUUUUGCUUCACGUGGGCGUCCAUCUGAUCAGCUUUGGCACCACAGUCCCGGACUGGGGAAACGCAGAGCAGAGUCAGGUCCAGACUCUCCCCGCGCCCACCAUUGACGUCUCUAUUCCACCAUCCUCGAUAUCUCUCACGACGGACGCCAACUCGCGAAUGCGCAGCCGCCUCGCCCUCGAUACCUAUUCGUCCCCUGUCAACCAAAAUGGUAGUUUCGAAUUUGAUCGCGUCGUCAAGAGCGGUUAUUUGCAGAAGCGCACUCAAAAAACAAAGGCCUGGAAGUCCAUCUACCUCGUUCUGCGUCCCACCUCACUCUCCAUAUAUCGAUCCGACAAGGAGGACAAACUGCGACACAAGCUGUACCUCGCCGAUUUGACGGCCGUGGCUUUGCUGAAGGACCCGAAGAACAAGAGGAAGAACGUUUUUGGCCUGUUUUCCCCGGCGCGAAACUACCAUCUCCAAGCCACCAGCGCCCGCGACGCGGAGGAAUGGGUCGACCUGAUUAGGAAACACGCCCGUAUCGAAGAGGAGGAUGGUGAGCUCAUGCUUGCAAGUCCUAUCGGCGGCAGACGACAGUCGUACAUGGUGGUUCCAAGCAGCUCACAAAGCGCGGAACCGACCAGACCUGAGAGGCUGGCAUCAAGCUCCCCAGAGCCACUUGAACCUCCGCUGCCACGUUUUGUCGGCUCGGACCGCCGCCGCCCUUCGCAAAUGGCCGACUCGGCAGGGUACUCUGGCAACGAAUUGGCAUCGCAUUCCGAUUUCUCGGACAACGACAUUCAGCGCAUACAGGGCAUGUCCAUCGAAGACUUGGCGGUCCAUUCGCCGGCGGACGGCGAAGAUUUGACCGUUCGGCCAAGCCUCGGAGACCGCAAUGCGAGCCAGGUUAGCGGCCUGAACCUCGAGCAGGAUCCCGAUCGUGUUAUCUGGCAAGGCUGGCUCUGGUUCCUCCGAAGCAAGGGUGGCGUGAGACAGUGGAAGAACCUCUGGGGCGUAUUAAGGCCACGGAAUUUCAUCCUCUACAAGGACGAGUCCGAGUAUACAGCCCAGUUCAUCAGACCCAUGUCGGCAAUCGUCAACGUGGUCGAUAUCGACCCAGUCAGCAAAUCGAAGACACAUUGCCUUCAGCUGAUUACGGAGGAGAAGAGUUACAGGUUCUGUGCACACGACGAGGAGUCCCUUAUUCACUGCCUUGGGGCGUUCAAGAGCCUGUUCGCCAAGAGACGAGAGCUCGAAGUCCGAGCGGCAGCCUCAGAGACACAGCCGACGCCUACUGCGUAA